AGCUCACAUUCCAAGAUGCUCCACCUGCGCUGUGUCGUCGUCGGCAAGGGACACCCUUUCUCCGUCGCCAUCGCAUCCAACGCAAGUGUCCGUGAACUCAAGACCAAGGUCUUCGGGGAGAACCUCCAUAUGACGACCAGUGUCGCAGACGACCUACAGCUGUACCGUGUGGACGGCCUGGAGGAAGGUGACGACGGCCAGGUGUUGCACCACGGGAACUUCGUGGACAUGACACUAGCGUCCUUGAGUGGGUUUGGCGAUGACAAGACCAACAUGCCUGCAACCUCGUUCCUGUCGCGAUGGUUUAACACGGCAGACGUGGCGGUCUCUGCUCGACAGAUUCACGUUGUGGUGUCUUCUUUCGACGACUUGGGCGACCAGACGCGCUGGACGGAACUCAACGAUGUACUUCCACGUCGCAAGGCACUGCGACAUCGUGGUGUGGAUUCAGCAGCGAUCUCGGACGUAUCAUGGUCCGACGUCCGUGCCGUGUUUGACAAGUACACGAUCAAACAAGAGUUCCCGAGACAAGCCAUUCCAGCACAAGCCAUGGAUGCAUUGGACAUAUACCUCAAGAUGAUCGCCAUGUCAUUCGGCCCUAUAGAUGCCAGCAGUAGUGACGCGACGACGCGGAAGUACUUUAUCACUCCUAUUUUCCUCCACGUGGCGUCUGCUGCCGGCGCCAAUAUGGUGCUGGACGAAGAAGUCCGUGGAAUGCGGGUCCGAAUGCACGGACGACUCGACUUUGUGCUUGUUCGCGGCGUAACGAGGAUCUGCCUCGUCCAAACAACGGACGGCGACAUGACGCAAGCGAUGGCGGACGUUUUGCUGGCGUGCGAAGCCGUGGCCGAUGCGGAAGACGCGGCGGUGGUGUAUGGCAUUGCGACAGAUUGCUUGAGCUGGGUCUUUGUGAAGCGGGAACGGAGCCACAUCCUCACGGCGGAGAUGAGCGUCCAAGUAGGCGACGACCGCCACCUGCCACCCGAGUCAGUACAGCGAGUGGCCGAAACCAUCCACGCCAUGCUCAUGGUGAUGAAUUAGUAGUCUUGAUAACGUACUAGUUGGCCAAGUUAUGGUGCACUUGAUAGUGACCUGAA